AUGACAAGGAUCAGCAACGGCGUGGUGGGCGCCCUCAACCUCCUGACGCUGCUGGCGUCGCUGGCGGCGAUCGGGGUGGCGCUGUGGCUCCGCCUGCGCGGCUCCACGACGGAGUGCGAGCGGGUCCUGUUCCCGCUUGCGCUGGCUCUGGGUGCGGCGACGCUCGUGGCCUCGGCGCUGGGCCUCGUCGGCGCCUGCUUCCGGCGGCGAGCGUUCCUGUGGGCGUACCUCGCGCUGCUCUUCGUGGUGAUCGUGGCGGCAGUGGCGCUCACGGUGGCGUUGCUGGUGGUGACGCACAGGGGCGCCGUGGGCCGGAAUCUACAGCCGGCGGGGCACCUUAAGGAGCACCGCCUGACGGACUUCCCGCACUGGCUGGCGAAGAUAGUGCGCGAGUGGAAGAACUGGAUCGUGAUCGAGUCGUGCCUGAAGGAGAGCGGCGUGUGCCUUCGCGCCACCGGCGUCACGGCCAGCCCGACCGACGUCGACUUCUACGAGAAGCUGUCGCCGAUUCAGUCCGGUUGUUGCAAGCCGCCGAGGUACUGCAAGUUCAUGUACGUGAACACGACAACGUGGGUAAGCCCGAGCUUCGACGCUGCUUCGUCGCCGCCUGAUUGCUCGGCGUGGAGCAACGACGAGGACAAGCUUUGCUACGCGUGCGACUCGUGCAAGACUGGAGUUAUCAUAACGCUCAAGGGCGGAUGGAGGAAGCUCACCGUCGCCAAUAUCGCACUGCUUUGCUUCCUCAUACUCGUUUAUGCGGUCACUUGUUGUGCGCUGAGGAACGAUGAGGCUAUGCGACAACGUUCUCUGUGCAUUAAGAGUGUAGACAACCAACCCUAAUUACCUUUGAUUCAUUGCCUUUGAAUCUCA